UUUAUUAAAGAAAAAAAAGCAAAGUUGUAAACAAUAAAAAUAAUAAAUUUUAAUUUGCAAUAAUUAGGUAAAAAAGGUAAAACUAAUUAAUUGUGGAACAGGACUAACUAACCUGUAGAUUAACAUAUCGCGGAGUGGAUGAAAAAUUGAAUAUAAUCUGUUUAGAAGUGUCACAUGUGAGAACCUGCCAGUUCAUUUGUCAUGACUACUUCACAAACAGGACAUGACUGUCAGCCUAAUUACCCAAAUAACCUAUUUCCAACUUCAAUUGAAUCAAACUUACGAUUACCAGUAGAUAACUCAAUGCAUAUCCUUUUCACUGGAAUUUUCAAUGGAUAUGGUGUGGAAAUGCAUUCAGCUGAAGAAUUUGCUCUCCUUUAUCACAUUGGAUGCUUUGGUAAAGGUUCAGCAUCAAGAUCAAGGCCACGGGCAGAAACCAAUGAGGGUCCAAGUAUUAUGAGGAAGCGGCAGUUCCUCAAGAGAGCUUACUGGCAUAAAAAGUUUGGUAGUGCUAGAGAUUCAGCUCAGUCUGAUGAUUUCCUUAAAGAUGUGGACGCCUUGACAUCUAAGAUAGUAUCUGAUGGUAUAAAGGAAGCCAACAAAGAUGUUAUAGAUCUAGUGUCCAGUGAAGAUGAGGUACCAGAGUCUGAUGAUGAUGCCCUAGAUAUUCCACCACUGGACCAAAUGGAUGGACAAGAUGGAGACAUGGUGGUGAUUGUUCCUAACAGUGACUCAGAAGGAGAAAAUUACUUUGAAAACUUUAAACCUAAAGUCAGUGUGAAUAGAGUAAAAUUGCAAGAGAAGCUAAUGCUUACAUUGCAAGAAGCCUUUUUCCUUGUAUAUGGAUUGGGAUGUUUGCAAGUUGUAGAUAGUGAAAGCAAGUUUCUGAAUGUGGACCAAUGCUGGUCUUUGUUUUGUGAGACUGAUAAACACUUUGUCCCUAAGUAUGUGGCUUAUCAUUACUUUAGAUCCAAAGGAUAUAUUGUGAAGCCUGGACUUAAAUUUGGUGGAGACUAUUUGCUUUAUAAAGAAGGCCCUGGCAUAACACAUGCAGAUUAUAUAGUAGUUAUAAAAAAUAUUGCUGAAAAAGAUGUCAACAACUGGACAUCUACACUUGGGCAUGUAAGAAUGGCAUCCACCACUGUCAAGGUACACAUUUGCACGAAAUGUCUAUGGAAAUAUGUACCUGUAUUUGCUUUAAUUAAUAAUUAUUUUUUUGUUUUACAGGAAAUAUUAAUUGUUGAAAUAAUACAAAAGAAGAAUAUGAAAGAUUUAAAAAUGCCUGAAGGAUUGUGUGACUACAGUGUACGGGAACUAUUGCUGACUAGAAAUAUCCCAGUCACAAUAAACAAUGAUAUAGAUCAAUAAUUAACACAUUUUAUUCUACACAUCUAAAUCAAACAAUUAAAGUUAAGCCCUUUUUAUUGGCUUCCUGACACCA